CAAAUGGGAGAACUCUAUGACUGACGAGAUAUCCAAACUUCAAAAUGGCGACUCUUCUGAGUGGAUUGUUUUUAUCAGUAGCGUAAAUCACGUGCAGGGGAAGAGAACAAUUGUAUAAUGUUUAUUAACUUGUAAGUCGUGUUCCGUGUGAAGACCUAACAUUAGUAAAGUCGAUCCGCUCUUAACAAUACUUACACUCAUGCCCGAGGAAUCGUUCCAUUGUGACAUUGUUAUUGACAGAACAUUAUUUGGACGUCAUUUUACAUCUCAGUGCACGUAUCGUUCAUCAGGUAACUGAAACUCAUAUAUUUGGGCGAUGGAGCAGAUGCAUUGGAACAUCCUAGAUUUGGCAAAUCAGUUGCGUCAAGAAAGAUUGUUUGUGAAUUCGGAACAGCAACAACUUCAAAAUUUAAAUGAAAAGGUUUUGUGUGCCUCAUCUAAAUUAGCUCAGUUAGCCUGGGUUACUGCUCAACAGAGAGAGAAUUUGAAUCGUCUGAUAGUUGCCAGACCAGAUUGCACUCCAGCAGCAUGUUGUCAAAAAGCUACUGCUAUAGAAGCUACUGACUUUGUCGAUGCUUACAAGGUUUUAGGAUUCCAGGAAAGUUUAGCAUAUGGUGAAUUAUUAUCAAACUUGUGUAUGGCUCCUCAACUAUUAGCCAGUUGUUUAGUCGUGGGUGAUCGCAUACUUCCUCCUGAUUGUAUGACAAAAGUGGCACACUCUGUCUAUACUGGGCUUUUGGGAAGUAGCCUGCUUCCUGAUGACAAACUUCUUGCUUUGAAAUUACUACGACAUUUAACUGAAUUGCAGUUAGUACCAUCUGACAACCCUAGGAGGUUGUUGCGUCAGAAGUCUUGUGCAUUUGCCCGGUUAUAUAGUGAGUUUCAUGAGGGCUUAUUUUCUGCAAAGCUUUUCUUGACAGCAGCAUUGCAUAAGCCUAUUAUGCAGCUGUUAAUGGAAGAUGAAAUGUUUCUAGACAUUGAUCCUGACAAAGCCACUGUUAGGUUUCCUCCUGAAGAAAGGCUAAAGAGAUUUGGUACUGAAGGUACUCCAGAGCAUGCAGUUCAGCUGGCUGAGUAUCGUAAGUGGACCAUUGGCUGUCUUGUUCGUGUUACAAAUAGAUUUGUGAGCAGUAUUCGGGAAAACAUGCAUUGCUUUCCUACAAGUGUUAGAUGGUUAGUUCGUCAAAUUGCUGGUCUACUCACUCAGACUGGUAAUAUUGAACCCAAAGAGGUUCAUGCAAUAUGCACAGAUUUAAUUUUUACUCAUUUCAUUUGUCCUGCAAUGGUUAAUCCAGAACCGUAUGGCAUUACUGAUGCUCCAAUUAGUUAUAUUGCUCGAUUUAAUCUAAUUCAAGUAGCUCAGAUUGUUCAAACACUGGCAAUGACUCGCUAUGAAGAGGUAUCAAGCAAAGUAGCUGAUCUAUAUAGCCACUUCGAAAAGGAUUGUGUGUCUUCCAUCUUGGAUAUUAUGCUUGAUGGUGUGGGAGCCACUGUUAACGAAGAACCUGCCACAAUUGAGGGUGGCAAACUUCAAGGAUUGGUUCGAUCAUGUGCCUUGUUUACUGAGCAAGAACUUCAAAACCUUAUUCAUUUUCUCCAGUCAGUUGCUUCUAGUGAAGCAGAUGAUACUGUGGACAAAAAGCAGCUCAGAGCAUUGCUGAUACAACUUCCAUCAUCUGCUGCCUCUACUGUCAAUGGAAACUCUUCUCAGAAUACACCAUCUCCUUCAAAAUUAACUCCUCCCACAAAUGACACACAUAAGCGUGGUGGCUUAUUAGGGAAAGUGAGCAGAAAUCGAACAUCUUCAGCACCUGCCUCACCUGGUCGCGGAGAAGCUUCUGAUGAUGGAGGAUUAGAUGAAGAAGUUUUAGACCGACCUAGCCAGGAUGUACUACUGAUUCCUUUUGGCUCUUCUGCUAGUGAAAAUGUGGGAUUUUUAUCGGAACAAAAGGUACUUUGUGGAGAUGAAGGGAGAUGUCAAACUCAAGAGGUGAGUCUUCCAAAUGGUGUGGAUGUUUCCAUUGUGGGGACAAACAGUGUCGAGAGAACAGAAAGCCAAGAGAAGCGAACCAGAUUUUCACUUCUACAUGAUGAAGGUUCUAUUGGAAGAGGAACUCCUAAUAUAUCAGGUCGAGACACUCCCUCAUCACAGAUCACUGAAGGAGAAGAGGGACCUGGUGGUAUAAUGAGAGGAGGUGCAGGGGAAGUGAGGCAGCAACUUGACUUCCACUCAACUGCUCAGAAUAAGCAGUCUCGCUCUGAUAUUGAUGAUAAAUUUGGCAAAUUUGAAAUAAAAAAAUUGCUGGAAGGAGAUGAAACUGUGUCAAUGGUCAGUGACACUUGGAGUACUGAUGUUCUUGCUAGUGACAGUGAAACAAUAGAACAAUCUGAGCGAAGCUUCCCUUCUGGAAGUAUUUCAGAAAACACUAUUCAGCAAUUAAGUGAAGCUACACAGCUUUUAGAUGUUUCUGAAACUGCAUCAGAAGCUUGGAGCACAGAUGUAUUAGCAUCAGAUUCUGAACGUAUGACAGAAGUGGAUACUGAUGACACUGGCAGUGUGGCUCGAUCUGAUGAUACAGCCAGAUCUGAAAUUGAAGUUGAAGGUCGAGGCGAACCGGAAGGAGGGGAAGAAACUCCACCUUCUCAAGCAUCUUUAAAUUUGAACUCAAGUUUUCGUCCUAUUCGAGAAGAUCCUGUGGGUAGAGCUGGUCUUGUUCCUCCAUCUCCUACUCGUGUAGAUAUUGCAGUUCAACCAGCCUGGAACUCUGCCCAUCGUGGAAAAGCAGAGUAUAAGAGACGAAUUGCAGAAUAUGUUGAUACAGAAGAUUCACCACGAUUAAUCCAUGUCAUAGACAAAAUGGACAAGCCUUCAGAGCAGAAGACCCCCUCUGCAUCUGUCCGUCAGUCAGCUACAAAUGUUGUUAAUGUCCCUAACCCACUGGUUUUGGUCCCUAAUGGCCCUGUUCAGCUGAUACCUAAUGGUAGCUUACCUCUUCAGUCUAAUGGACCAGUACCUUCAGUCCCUAAUCGUUCCACUCAACCUGCUCCUACUGCACCUUCUAAUAACGUUCCACUGAAUUCAAAUGGUCUUAACACUUCAACUCCAGGAUCAUCUGCUGCAAUUCCUGCGUCUCCUCCUGUAAUGGCCUCUGUUAGUGCACAGAACACAUGUGUCCAACCCCUUCAAGCCAAACUUCCCUCAGAUUUAGUUGCUUCUUCAAACGAUUCUGUAGAUGUAGGAGUGAAGCAAGAGGCACUUAUUGAAGAUGAUGUAUUAAGUCGUGAUAGUACUGUUGGUGAGAGUAUAAUUAAUACAGUGAGACUGAGCUCAGCCAGUUUGGCUUCAAGCAGCAGCAGUAGUGGUAGCAGUUCAGAUCCUCGACCAAAAACAGCUACUCCAACACCAGAGUUACCUCUUCUCUCUUCAUAUCCAGUUAUGAAUGGCCAUGCGGUAAUGCCUGAGGGAGAGACCAGAGCGUCGAAAGCAGUUUCAGUAACUUCUUCUACAGGUGCCAUUCCGAAAAGUAUAAGUUUUGAUAAAACUGCAGAGCGCGGAGAUAAGGAUAUGCUGGAUGAGGACUCAAAACACAAACGAGGUUUCUUCCGAAAUUUCAAAUUUCCUUUCAAGCCACGAAGAGUGAAAUCUGGAAGGAGCGAUGACUCUCGCUGUUAUGAGCCCAUGGCAGGUGAAGGUGAUCUUCCCCAUAGGCUGCGUAGAAUGUCAGAAGAGGCUCAUUCAACCCGUCACGAUACUACAGAAGAUAUACUUGCAAAAUAUCGACGAAAACCUAGUACGAGUAGCGAAACAACCGCAUCUGAAAAUCUGACGGAAGCUAAUCCAAUCAAAGCAAAGCAACAGAGUGAAGACAGAUUGAAUAUUGAUCCUAGGAAUAUAGAGGCAUCAGAUGCUUUUGCAGAUGCCAAACGCAAGUUGCGAAUGGUAUUAAGCACUGCUGAUCUUCAACAUGCCCCAUGGAGUUCUGAAAGCGGCGCUCGAUUUUCACCAAAGGAAAAUGAAUUGGUUUCCUUCCUGCAACUUCAGCUGGCAGAAGCCAUUAAUUUGCAAGAUCACUCGCUUAUUUCACAUCUUCAUGAAACAUUGCGUUGUAUUCGUCUUUUUGAUGAUGCAGGAUGUUGUAAAUUAUUCCAGUCUCUUCAUGAUGAUUAUCAGAAACGAUCUCCAUAUAUAGCUUAUCUGGUACGAUCUCGUAAAGGAUUGCUGUCCACACUUGCGCAUUUUGAAAGAUUGACUGAACGUGUGAAGAAAGAUCACAAUGUAUGUUCAAGAUUUUUAAUUGCGGUGUGUGUAACGCUAUUUUUGGAGAAGCGUGAAGGAUUGAUGCUUCAGUUUCAAGAAGAAUUCCAACAACUUACCCUUGCUGAUGAAAAAACUGACUUGCUGGAUAACUUUUUACAAACAUUGGCAAUAGAAAUGGAAAGGGAUCCCACAUGGCAAGCGGCCAGUGAAACCCAGCUAGAGCAAGCAAGAGCUGCUAUUGAGCGUGCAGUGAUGGGUCGUGUUUAUAUUCAAGCAUUAUAUCCUAAUGGAGAUGGAGAUGUCUCAAGAGAUCAAGUGCUACAUGACCAUAUGAAGAAAUUAUCUGAUGUCAUAACUCCAAAUCAUAAAGAUCUUCGUAUUCCUAAGCGAUAUCAUUAUGAGUGCCCCUGGCCAUCAGCUCAGGCUGAAAUUGCUGCUAUUUCAGCAUAUAAGACACCUCGAGACAAACUCCAAUGUGUUUUCCGCUGUGCAACCACAAUUAUGAACUUGUUAGCUAUGGCUUGUGUAGGUAGUGUGCCUGCUGCUGAUGAUUUUGUUCCUGUUUUGGUGUAUGUGCUAAUCAAGGCAAAUCUUCCUUCUUUGCUUUCUACAGUGCAAUAUGUUGAUAGCUUUUAUGGUAGCAGACUCGAGGGAGAAGAACAAUAUUGGUGGAUUCAGUUCUGCUCAGCCAUAGAAUUUAUUAAGACUAUGGAUUAUGGAGACUAAAUUUUUAUUUAAAAUAAUUGAGAAAUAUCAGGCAAACUAAUUUGUGUUCUAAACAAUACAUUGUUUUGAGAAUGGUAAGUAAGACUGGAUCUGAACAAACUUCAACUAAGUGAUAUAACUAGUGAUAUGGAUUGCAUGAUUGCAGAUUUAUUAAAAAUGCUUCAUUGCAGUAUAUUUACAUAAUUGCUACAAAUAUGUUCUCAAAGUGUGAUAGCAGAAGAAAUAUUGCAUCUGCACAUUUUAUUAAUUUAAAGCAAGCUUUUAAGAUACAUUCUCCUGCUCUACUUAUAUGAUGCUAUUGCUUAGCAGAACCCACUUCAAAUGCUUUUCUACUUUGUAAAUGAAAUUAAUAUGAUGAUUAUUAUUAUUAUUGGUGAAUUUGCUAUUUGUUCUGAAGAUAGAUUUUUAACUUGCUCACUUGUUUAGAUAAUGUAUUUUGCAGAACACUAGUGAUCCUUGUAAACAAACUUUUUUCUUUGGAAAUGAGUGUUACCUUAAUAUUUUUGUUAAAAUCAUUUUAAAGAAAUGGAUUCAGAAAAUAGUGUAAAUAUUGUACAAGUGUAUCUUUCAAUUCACAUGAUAUUUGUUGUAAUGUAUGGGCAUUCCCAAAAUUGUUUAUAGGUUUAAUGAAAAAUUUAGCAAUAAGAAAGAAAAAGUAUGAAAUUUGGAGACUGGUACCGUUUAUGGUGCAUUAUUUGAAGUUCAACAAUUUUCUUAAAAAGUGUCAUUUGUUCAGUUUCAAUAAGGGAACCCACAAUUGCAACCAUUGCACUAGGUAAUAUUUUCUCAUACUUGAGGACACAUACUUCUGAAUAAUUUCAUUCUUACGUACUUCCAUAAUUUUUUAAUCUCAGUUCUUUAGUUUUUGUAGUACACCGUGUUGGCAUGUGCUGCCACAUACUCUCAGAUUUACUCAUGUAAUGACUGACUUUUCAAAUUUUUAUCAAUAAGUUGAAUGUAUUGAUUCAAAUUGCUUGCAAGUUGUUCAUUGUCAAGAUACAAUAUAUUGUUCCCAAAUUUUGUUAGAAAUUCAUAAAGAAAGUUUGAAAAAGUUAGUAAUAUAGUAAUUAGUUUUCAUUUUUUGUAAUAUGAGAAACAGAAUAAAAUACAUUCCACUCAUUUUUAUUUUUAUCUGAAAUUAACAUUCAUUCAGAAGUAAUAAAAAAGUUCUUGUACGAGUAAAGAUAUGAAUAAUUAUUAUUGUGCUAACAGUUACUUCUGUGGGAUGGUUGUUGUGUGGGUUGUAAUUAGUGGUCAUUUACAAUUGCUAAUUUUUAAUUAAGUUGUAAUAUGACUCGUGUAAGUGAAUUUUAUAGCCCUAUUUCCAGUAAGAUCAUUAUUAUACUCAAUUUAUUGUUAAAUUGUUAUUUGUAGGUUUUGGUUAACCAAAGGAGUAAUCUCUUUUAUGUAUCUAUUUUCUGCAUAUGGUUUUUGACAUAUGUGAUUGUUAAUGGUAUAGAACACUUUUUUUUCCUUCAGUGUAUCUAAUUCCAAACCCUGUGAUCAACUUUCCUUUGAAGUGAUAUUUAAUUAUGUUUCAAGUUGCUUAUAGUUGCUUAUUUGUUUUGGUGCAAUGCAUAGGCCCAGAAUCCUUUUUCUCAGUGAACCAGUAUUAUUAUUAUGUAUUGCACAUUUGUAGGCAUCUAACCAACAUUACCUAAUGAAAAUUGGGUGAAUAUUUGUAAUCAUACUUUUGUGAUUUUUUAGUGCAAUGUGUUUUCAUUUCAUCUUGGAUAAAAGUCUGAGAGCAAUGGUGUCGUUACAAUUUUGUUACUAAUAACCAUUUAAUUAAAGCUUUACAUAAAUUAUUGUAAUUUACGUGGAGUUUGAUAAUUUACUGUUGGUGAUAAUUUCAGUAUUGAAUAGAAAAAUUUUGUGUGCUGCAGGUGUGAUGGGUUUUUGUUGUUUUUGUUUUGAAAAGAGUAAAGGAACAAAGAGGAGCCCAUGUGUAGCACUUCAUUAAAUAGUAAUUUGUUCAAAAUUUGUAUUUGAUCAUUUGUAGUAUAUUAUAUAAUGUACAUAAUAAUUUAUUGAGUGUAUACUUCAAUUAACUUUCAAGCUAAUACUUCUAAUUUUACAGCUUGCAUGCCUGUUAUUUUACUACCACAAAAAUUUAUCUCCUUUUAUUUUUUAAUAUUCAUUACUUUUUUCCAGCCAGCUCCCCUCUAAAGCUGAUAGUAUGUGAAAUUUGUUCCUACCCGAUUUUUAUAUUAUAUGUAUGAAAAAAAUCGUGGAGUUCCUCAAAGGUGUAAUUCAUGAGAUACAAAUCAGCUAUAGUUUUCUGUAAAUACAUAUAUCCUUUAUCAACUCUUAAGUUCCUUUCUGUAAUAUGAGCCCUAUUGCUCUUACAAAAUCACACUCGUUUACAUGAAGAUCUGCAUUCUUAAUAUAAUAAGUAUUGUGUGAGAAAUUAGUAAUUCAGAUGUUUAAAAAUUUGACACACAUUCUCUGCAGUUGUAUGAACCUAUUCAAUGAAUACUCAGUUAUGUAUACAAAUUUCAUAAGUUGCAUGUUAAUAUUGUUUAAUUGCUGCUUUAUACCCCUAUAUAAUUGAUAUGGUGUUUAUAUUUUGUAAAUUCUGUGUGAUUUUUAUGCCAUUCAUAUGCAAAAUUGUAUAUCCUUUAUUAUUAUUAUUAUUAUUAUUAUUAUUAUUAUUCAGCACUUGGCGUCUUCUUCUUAAUAUUUUAAUUAUUAUUAUUUAUUGAGUUUUGUGAGCAUUAUUUUGUCUGUGAGAGGAAGUAAUGUUCAACUUGACUUUCCCUUGAUGAAGUUUGUUUAAUGAAGAAAGUAUGAAGUUGAUUUAAUGAUUUGCAUUUUCAUUAAUCUGUGUGAUUGGAGUACAGUGGAACUCCUUUAUUAUAGACAUGUGGGAGCAUAGAGUCUUAUUGGCACAGACUUUUAUAAAGAACUCGUUGUAAUAUCAUUACAAGUUAUGGUGAAAAAAUCAAUACACUGUACACAUAAAUGAUGCCUUGUCAAACACUGCACAGCUCUCACUGUUCCUACUUGCCUACACACAAUCAGGAAUAAGUCCUUGACAUUUACUGCACUCCUUAGUGUGUUCUACAAAAUAAAUAAUGUUGACAAAAAAAAGAAAAUGUUACUUUUCACAUGGAGAUCAGUAGAUUCUGGUGGGAGGAAUCCCGUGUGCAGUCUUUGACAAAGGCAGUUUAAAGUAAAUUUAUUGAGACAUGGCUCGUGAGGUUGGAAGAAUUAUCAUUUCAACUUCUGACUCAUAUCCACGGGAAAGAAAAUUUCUUUUGAGCCAAUAUUCUUUCUACUACAGGCAGGAAACUUAAUGUUCAUGACUCUUUACAUGAAGGGAAAAAGAUGUACUAAAAUGUUCUUUGGGGCUCAGGACAACCCGUGUCUCUUCUAAUGAAGUUCUACUGUAAUUGAGCAGAUGGUGAUGUAAUAUUUUUUAAUAUGAAAAAUUGCAUAGUCUUUUUGAUAUUUUAAGUGAAUGUUGCAAUUAUAAAAUGUUAUUAAAUACUUCUUUAUGAUGGCAGGUUAUGAAUAAAUAUUUAUUUCUAUUCUUCCGUUAGAACAUACUAUUAAAUAAAUAUCCAUAUCCUUUAACUAUUCAUUUCGUAGUAACAUGUAAGAGCAAUGGGUUACGCUCCAAGAAUUAAUUCUUUUGCAUUUAUAAAUCUUUAUAUAAGAAUUUGGUGACAUAAAUAAACAGCCGCUAAUUACGCAUGAAUUUUUGUUUACUUUCAUGCUUAUUAUAUGAAACGAGUAUGAUUGGGACUUGAAUUAAGGUUUGCAAUAGCAAUCAUAAAUUUGUCACUAAUUGUACUAGUAUCUUAUAAGUCUUGCAUAGGUUACCAAACGAAAUCCUGUGUCUUAAAUGAUAGUUGGUGCUAUUAGUAUAUUGUGUCACGUCUUAGUUUUCAAAUAUGCUUAUUACAUCGUUAUAUAUAAACUUGGGUUGAAUUUGUAUUUUGGUCUCUUGAAAUUAUUAGUGUUAAUUUUUGUUCUUUUAAGUGUGAAUAUAAUUGGCAAGUGUAAUGACAUUUUUCAUAAUUAUACCUUAAUAAUUAUGAAUGAUUAAUUUAGAUGGUAAUGAAGUGUUACAUGAAUAGAAAUAUAAAAUUAUUAAACAAAGUCUGAAAAAUGCAGUUAAUUAAAAGUAUACACCUGCUCUGAAAAUUGCAUAUUAAUUCUUGCUGGUUUGUGUGCCGGCUGAAAUGCUUGUAGAAACAACAAAGUGCACUUGUUAUUCUAAAAGUAAUUGGCAUCAUUAACUAUUCUUCGUACUGGUUUGGAUAUUGGCAGGAGUGCUGUUAAAAAUUCUGAAAUUGUAUGUUUCAUUUAAAUUAUGUAUGUAGAUUUUGGUAAUCCAUUCAUCUAAUACAUAUUUUUGUAUGUACCAGACUCUCUUUGCAGUUCUCUAUAGCCUUAAAAAGUAAAUGAAAUGCUGAUAUAAAAACAAUGAAAGUAGGUGUAUUAAAAGUAUUUCACUAAAAGAAUGUUACCAAAAAUCAUGUUAGUACGAACAAUGAAAACAUGCUCAAUAUUUUGCUGAAGAGUCUCAAAUUCGGAAAAUGAUCCAUCUAUGUGUUUAUACAUAGCUAUUUUUCUAAUACUAACAGAAUUGAAAUGUUACGGAACAGUACUCAGAUUGGAAAAAUGUUUUACGUGGCUAAGACUUUGAAUAUUCUACUGUAUACUACACUGGCAUUAUUACAAUACACUUUGUGUGUUCAGCAAAAUAACAAUAAAUUUAAACACCACCUUUACCAAAACGGAAUCAGUUCAUACAUUUAUUUCAUAUUUAGGAAUUAUAUUUUCAGUUUGAUUUUUGGUAUUUUACAGUAAGGUGGUAAAAUUGAUUACUUCCUUUAUUGCCAGAAAAAUUGUAUGUCUUUCAGAAAACCUUAGAUAAAACAGCAAAUGUACAUUAGCAAUUAAAUGUGUCCUUCUAUAUUUCCCACAUUAUAUGAACAUGUUGAAAUUUCCUGACAGCUUUCUAUGAAGAUGUAUAUUAAAUCUUUAUUUUUAGUAUUGUAGUUAUUAUGUGUGUAUUAUAGACUGUGAAAGGUAUUUUUGUAACUUCAAGAAUAUUUAUCUGACUGAGUAACCUAAGUUCACAGCAAAUAAGUAUGUGUGGAAUUGCCAAAGAUGGUCAGAGGGUAUUUGCUUUUUGAGAAGCUCGAUUGCAAUGAUGCAGUGAAGUUGUGAAGAUAUGGUGUUCCAAAAUGUAGAUUUUGGGCUUACACCCUAUUUGAUUACGUAGCAUGUACCUUAUAACAUUCCCAUUUAUUGAAGCUGUAAAAUAUAGUUAUUGUAUGUAAUUAUGUGAGUAACCUUACAAUUAAAAUUAUUAAUCUAUUAAUUUUUUAAGCAUAUUUUAUUUCUUCGUAAGCAACAUUAAUUCAUUGGUAAGUUAGGUACUGUUGUCAAGGAUAAUCAGGGGCAUUUACUACAUUUGUCAGUCACCCAAAAGAUGACAACCUAACGUGGUUUAAUGGGGCGAGAUCUACAUUUUCCAUCUAGUUGCAUUAAAGUACAGUGACAAAAGUAGAAAACGGCAUGGUAAAUUUCUGCACAAAUAAUCACAGAAUACAAUUGUAUCUGUAAGUAGUCCUAUUAAACUUGCUAAAUUCAUUUAGAAUUCUAUAUAUUCAUUCCAAACUUCAGAAUAAUCUUUAAUAUACUUAAGUAAUUUACAUACGUUAUAAGUGUGUUUAAUACAUGUUUUGUAUCAUUAUCGCGUAUAGAUUCAGAAAUACCGUAAGGAGAGGCCACAAAUAGGAUUAUAAAUGUUUUAAAAAAGCUUCAUGUGCUGUUAUCGUCAAUACAUUUUGUAAUAUGCAAAUAUUUAAUAAAAUUACAUAGUG